GAGCGAGAGUGUGAGAGAGAAAGUCACAUGACCCACAGCUCAUUCCGGAGCUGAGGAUAGAAGGCACGCUCUCAUUUAUUAUUACGCCACUGCUGCAUAGCGGACAAUCCAGGAGCUCUGGGAAGGUUGCUUGGAUCUCGCCGAACAAGGAACAAGGACUUAAUCCGUUGAAAUGCCAGAGGAAACGGUGAUUCAGCAGCAGGCUGCGCCAAGCCCGGUGGCGCAGCAGAAACCAGGACGAGGCCCCGUCGCCUGCCAGAACUGCGGAAAGCCUUGCAAAGGGGAGGCCCUGCGAGUCCAAAAUAAACAUUUCCACAUCAAGUGCUUCGUGUGUAAAGUGUGUGGAUGCGAACUGGCCAACGGAGGCUUCUUCGUGCGACAGGGCGAGUACUUGUGUACUCUGGACUACCAGCGUCUGUACGGGACUCGCUGCUUCAGCUGCCAGGACUUCAUCGAAGGAGAGGUGGUCUCCGCCCUGGGCAAGAUCUACCACCCGCACUGCUUCGUCUGCGCCUCCUGCAAGCAGCCAUUUCCAGCUGGCGACCGAGUGACUUUCAAUGGGAAGGAGUGUAUCUGCCAGAACUGUACCCAGCCUCUUCCCGCGAACAGCCCCGCGCCCAUCCAGGCUGUCCACAACUGCUGCGGCUGCGGGAAGGAGUUUAAGAACGAGCAGUCCCUCGCGGCCCUGGACAAGCACUGGCACCUCGGCUGCUUCAAGUGCAAAGUGUGCAACAAGGUCCUCAAUGCCGAGUACAUUAGCAAGGACGGGAUCCCCUUUUGUGAGAUGGACUACCACGCCAUGUUCGGCAUCCAGUGCGAGAGCUGCAAGAAGUACAUCACUGGAAAAGUCUUGGAGGCCGGAGAGAAGCACUAUCAUCCAUCGUGUGCCCGCUGUGCCCGCUGUGAGCAGAUGUUUGCGGAAGGAGAAGAGAUGUACCUCCAAGGUUCUUCCAUCUGGCAUCCGCCUUGCAGACAAGCUGCCAAGCAGGAGGAGAAGAGUAAGGUGACUCGGACUUCGUCUGAGAGCAUCACGUCCGUCCCGGCGUCCAGUGCCUCAGGCUCUCCCAACAGAGUCAUUUUUGCCAAGCUCGGAGAAGAGAUGCUGGACUACAAGGACCUGGCGGCCCUUCCCAAGACCAAGGCCAUCUACAACAUAGACCGGCCGGACAUGCUGUCAUACUCGCCCUACGUCAGCAACCCGUCCGAAGAGAGGCACUAUGGCGAGGGCGACGGGGAGAAGUCACCCUGUCAGCGAAGGCCCUCCAGCCCCAGUUCCAACAGCUCCGCGGGGGGCUACGGACGGUACACUCCGUCCCGUUCCCCCCAGAACAACAGCCGACCAGGACCAGAAGUAGAGUGGCCGGGUGCGCUCAAGGUCACCUGCGGCUCGCCCGGGGCUUCCCCUUCCUUGCCCGUGCGCCAUCGCCAGGGGCCCGAAGGGCGUAGCGGGGCGGGUGGCGCGGCGCUACGGGCCGGCGGUCGAGGGGUGUCGUUACACCUCAACCCGACCACCUUGUCCAUGCUGCAGCAGCACAACUUCAUCCCUUACUUCCGAGGUAGCGAAAGCGGCCGCAGUACCCCCAGUUUGUCCGCCUUCUCCGACGGCAAAUCCCCAUCGUCCACCUCGACGUACGUGGCUGCCCCUCGCCAUUUCCACAUCCCAGAGACUGAGGUCAAAGAUAAUAUCUAUAGAAAACGCCCCAUCUACAAACAGCAUGCUUCCAGAACGUCCUGGCAGGAUGGCGACGAUAGCAAGAGGAGCAGUUGGACGAUGUUGAAGAGUGACGUCGACGGACCGAUGGGCCCCGAAGACCACCAGCCGUCCGAGUCGACCUGCAGUUUGCCCGUGAAUGCCUCUCGGCCAAAUUUUCCUCAUAACAAAUCUGCAUCCUUACCUGGUUACGGAAGGAACGGCAUCUACAAGGUGAGCUGUGUUUAUUUUAAGAGGCAUCCAGAUGAAAUCGAUCCAGACUCCCGAAGCUGGGGAGGCACGAGAGAGUACAAGGUGUACCCUUACGAAAUACUGGCGGUCACAAAUCGAGUAAAAGUGAAACUUCCCAGAGACGUCGAUCGCACCCGACUGGAGAGACAUCUCUCGCCCGACGACUUCCGGAAGGUGUUCGGAAUGACUCUGGAUCACUUCGACCGUCUGGCCCUCUGGAAAAGAAAUGACUUGAAGAAGAGGGCUCGGCUUUUUUAGAACGGAGCCGAUCGGCGGCCCGCCCCGCCCCCCCUGACCCCGCCCCCCUGGCUCAAAGCUUUCCGUGUGCAAUACAAGUGGGAAUGUUGGACUGGCAACUUUACGGAUCAGCUGCGGUACUGUUUGCAUGCCCCGUGCUUGUAGCGCCACCCGCGGUCAAACACGCAGAACUUGGCGUUCUCACGAUCAUUUAGCCUGAAAAGCCUUGAUUCCCGUCAAUUGCCGUGGAAGUCUCCCACUUUUCUGCAUCCAAAUUUGCUAUUUUUUUUCCUGAUUAAUUCCCGUGGAAUUCGUUUUUUUGUCCGCACGUUACCAAUUUUUCCUCAUUUUCACUUUUUUUUCCCUCCAUAAUAUUAGGGCUUUUCCCUCGUAAUAUUGUAACUUUAUUCUCGUACUAACAGGACUUUAUUCUUGUAAGUUUCCGACUUUCUUGUAAUAUUCCAACUUUCUCAUAAUAUGAUUUUAUUACCAUAACAUUCUGACUUUUUUCUUGUGAUACGACAACUUUAUUCUUUUAAGUUUACAACAUUUUCAAGUAGUGUUACCAUUUUCUUCUCAGAACAUAACGACUUUUCCUCGGAAUAUCAGAACUCGAUUCAAGCAAGUUUCCGACAUUAUCUUGCAAUUUUCGGACUUUUUUUCUCGUAAUGUUCCGGCUUUCAUUUUGUACGUUUCCAGACGUCAACAAAGCUUCCUUCACUUUUCAGUGUGGCUCUUCUUUUUUUUUUUUUUUUUUUUUUUUUCUUUUUUUCUUCACAUUUUUUCCCGUGAUUUGCUCCAAAAUUCUCGUGAGAACAUCCGACGUCCUUUUUUUUUUUUUUUGCGUUUUUCCAUUCGCCGUCUCAUUUGUUUCGAUACACAUACAUACCGUAUCAUUUUUUUUAUUUUUAUUUUUUUUUCUCGAUCCCGCAAUGAGUGACUGCUGAGGCCGUGAAUCCAAAACGCUAACUUUAUAUAUGAUAUCGUUUGGGCUUUCUUUCUUCCUCUUCAUCUGCUCUGUUUGUUGCUUGAAAGCAUCACGGCGUACUGCAAAACUAAAACACAUGAUGUAUGUUCGGAUCUACUACUGAAUACAUCUCCACAUAUGCUGUAUUGGAUACAUUUCUCUAUACAAGCCAUUGCAUGCUAAUGAUUCUUUUCUGUUGGAAUGAUAUGAUAUUCAACGAAGAUUGCGCUGCUCGCCGUAACUUAUUUAUGAUAUGCAGGAAGGGAUGUUUCUAUUGUAUUUGAAUUUUUUAGAAGCUGGAUACAUAUCAAGUUUAUUUUGCGCCUUGUAUGUAAAACACUGUUUCGUGUUUCUAAUAUUCCUGCGCCAUUAAAGUGCUUUAUCCAACCGCA